AUGAAUAUAGUACUUAUAGCAUUUUCAUAAGAAUAACAAAUAUAAGCUGCUGAAAUAUAUUAAUUUGCUUCUACCUACUUUGUAACAUCUGAUAUUUAUUAACAAUAAAAAGAAUUAUGGAAAUAUGAUAAGGCUGUAGUGAUACUUGAUUAAUUUCCUACAAAUUUAACUAAAUUAAAUAAAGUUGAACACUUAACAAAUAAUUUGGAUUCUAAUUAUACAAUAUUUAAAACACUGAAAUUAUUAGGGUAAAAUUAUUUACUAUUUUUAUAGAUAUCAAUAGGUUUUGGUUUCUUUGGAAAAAAUUAAAUUAUAAAAAUAUAAGCAAGCUAUUACAAAAUUAGAAUAAACUAUUAUAUCGAUAUUUGAUGAUUAAGAAAGAGAACUUGAAGAUGAAAGAAAUGUCUUUUCAUUAAAAAAUCCAACAUUAAAAGUUGUAAAAAAUUGUGAAUAAAAUGAAAUUAAAAAAUUCUUUCAUAAUGAAAUUAAUUAAACAUCAAAAUUAAUUGAUGACACAGAAUGUAUUGUAGUGAGACAUGAAGAAGCAGUUCAUGUUAUAAAAGUCCUUAAAGGGGCAUUAUAUGUGGGAUAGCUAUUAAAAUCAAUAAAAGAUAAGGCUUGGAUUUAAUAAAUAAAUAUUAGUUAAUCUGGUGAAAGUAAAUAUAUUUUAUAAUAUAUAGUUUUUGUUAAAUUUGAAGAUAACAAAUAAUUAAAAGGAAUAUUAUGCAGUUAUCAAUUUUGUCCAGAAGAAAUUAAUACAUUAGAAGUUGAAAUAUAAUUAUGUGAAUUACCAAUCUUACCUCCUAGAGAUGUGUUUAGAAAAAUGGGAUAACUUAAAAUGAUAUUUUACGAUUAGGAAUUUGGAAUAUAAAAUAGCCAUAAUAAUCCUAUUUAAUUAAUAGGCAUCAAAUAAAAAAAUAAUGUGAAUAUUAAUGAAAAUCCAAAAGAUAUUAAUUUUUGUGUUUGCAAAUUAGCAUUAAAAAUUAUUCAAGAUGAUUAAAGCAAACUUUUAAAUAUUGUAUCUAAGCCUAUUGUUUUGUAUUUUUAUAUAUUAAAUUAGUUUUAUUAAUCCAUACUAAACAGUUGUUUUUUAUGGAAAAAUUACCAAUAUAUUAGAAAUGAAAAAUAGAAAAAUAGAAUUAGCAUAAUAUUUUCCUAUUCCAAAAUUUCAAAUCACUUAAAAUAUGAUUCUAAGAGAUAAUCAUGAUUUAAGAUAAUUUUGUAGAAUCUGUAAAACUAAAUAAGUCAAUCGAGUAUUAAAAGAAUGUGGCCAUUUAAGAUAUUGUGGUGAAUGUGUUGAUUUAUGCCUUGAAUCUAAAGAGUGUUUCUAUUGUAAUAGAACUUUAACUAAUUGUUAUUCCCUUUCUGUAAUAUAUUUGGAUUAGAAAAUUUUUGAUUAAUUAUCAAAAAGGAAUGAUUAAAUUUGUUAAAUCAAUACUUUCAAAGUAAUAGAAGAUGAAAAAAUUCCAAAAUUAUUAAAACUUAUAUAUGAAUAAUAAAAAGAGGGAAAGUUAGAUUUUUAGACUAUUUACUGUAAAAUUUGUGACACUUUAAUGAGCUAAAGAUUAAUAUCAUGUUCAAAUGGCCAUAUAACAUUGAUUUGUGAAGAGUGUGAUCCUGUAGAUUGUAAAGAAUGUAAAGCAGAUAUUACUUAAAAAGUGAAGAUUUUAUAUAGAUUUUAAGAUGAUUUAUAUUGA